AUGGGCGGCGAGACGAAACCGACGACGGCCCACGCCUCUGCAAGCUACCCGCAGCUCGCGGAGCGACCCAAGGGCAAGAUCAUAUCUGACAUCUAUCAAGGCCGCCUGAAGCAGUUCACCGACAACGGACAAUACAAAGAGCAAGGACUUCUUGCAAAGCUCUACGAGGGGCGUCUCGCUGGCGAGCCGCAUGUCAAACUGAGCGUCUGGAGUGCCCCUAACCUCACUCGUCCAACAUUCAAGGAGGCAACGAGCAAGGACAAUGAGUACCACAAGACGGAGAAAGGACAGUCGUUCGGACCAAGUUGGAGCACUCAUUGGUUCAAGGUGCAGUUCACGGUCCCACAAGAAUGGAGCUACAAGCCAUGUGUUGAGCUUCACUGGGACUCGAGCAGCGAGGGCAUGGUCUGGACUGAAGAUGGCAAGCCGCUCCAAGGGCUCACAGGAAAUGGCGAAAGAGUUGAGUGGAUCGUGCCCAAGGAAUACAGAACCGCAAAAGAGCACACAAUAUACAUCGAGAUCGCAUGCAACGGCAUGUUUGGCAACGCACCCGGAGGUGAUUCUAUCCAGCCUCCAGAUCCGAACAAGUACUUUAAGCUUGAGGAAGCCGACCUCGUCAGCGUUAAUCUCGAUGCUCGGGCGUUGUUCUACGACUUCUGGAUCAUUGGCGAUGCCGCGCGAGAAUUUCCAAAAGACAGCUGGGAACAGCACGAGGCGCUGAAAGUGUGCAACAACAUCAUGGACUGCUUCAUCGCUGGCGAGGGAUCGAAUGUCUGUUUGAAGGAAUGCAGAGCAAUAGCAAAGAGGUACCUUGGCGACAAGAUCGACUCGGAGGAAGUGUAUGACGGCAAACAGGAGGCUCUAGUCCUGGGGAUUGGUCACUGCCACAUUGAUACUUGCUGGUUGUGGCCGUGGGACGAGACGAAGCGCAAGGUGGCUCGAAGCUGGUCGAAUCAAUGUGAUCUGCUGGACAGAUACAAAGAGCAUCGUUUCUGUGCUUCACAAGCUCAGCAGUACAAAUGGCUCGAGAAGCUAUACCCAUACGUCUUUGAUCGAGUGAAGACGCACGUCAAGAAGGGCAACUUCCAGCCCAUUGGUGGUUCGUGGGUCGAGCACGACACGAAUAUGCCCAGCGGCGAGUCUCUUGUGCGCCAAUUCCUCUACGGCCAGCGCUUCUUCGAGUCUCGAUUUGGAGAACGAUGUCGUACUUUCUGGCUUCCAGACACCUUUGGUUAUUCCUCACAGCUCCCACAACUGUGCCGGCUGGCGGGCAUGAAUCGCUUCUUUACCCAGAAACUCAGCUGGAACAACAUCAACAACUUCCCGCACACGACGUUCAACUGGAUCAGUCUUGACGGUUCACAAGUUAUAUGCCACAUGUGCCCAGCGGAGACAUACACAGCUGAAGCCCACUUUGGCGAUGUGAAGAGGUCCGUCACGCAGCACAAGAGCAUGGAUCAAGACCCGAGCUCGCUGUUGGUGUUCGGCAAAGGCGACGGCGGCGGUGGUCCAACCUGGGGUCACAUCGAAAAGCUGCGUCGCUGCCGCGGCUUGAGCGAUAAGAUUGGUCUGUUGCCUCGUGUGAAAAUGGGCGACAGUGUAGAGGACUUCUUCGAUCGCUUGGAGAAGAAUCAGGCAUCUAAGAAGACCGAAUUGGUGACCUGGUACGGCGAGCUAUACUUUGAGCUCCAUCGCGGGACUUAUACAACCCAACACAACAACAAGAGGAACAAUAGAAAAUCCGAGAUCCUUCUGCACGAUAUCGAAUAUUUGGCGACUCUCGCAACGAUCAAAGGCGGCAAAUCCUACAAGUACCCCAAGAAGGAGAUCGACUCAAUGUGGGAAAGCGUACUGCUUUGCCAAUUCCACGACUGCUUGCCCGGCUCGUCCAUCGAGAUGUGCUACGACGACUCUGACAAGGAAUAUGCCAAGGUCUUCAGGACUGGGAAGAAGAUCUUGAAAGAGGCUCUGGAGGCCUUGGGCUUCUCAGAUUACGAGUGCAACACUCCUGUCGCUUUGAAUACCCUUGGCUGGCAAAGGCACGAACGACCUGUGCUUCGCGACAUUGGUGGACGCUUCAAGAGCUUGAACAUCGUGGGUCAGCCUACUGGCAGCGACUCGUCACACUCCGAUGUCAUGGGCGUAGCGACCGUGGAAGAUCUCGGCGAGGACGUAUUCGUGCUGGAGAACUCCAAGCUGCGCGUCAAACUCGAGGGUGGUGUGAUCACCUCGCUGUUCGACAAGCAGGCCAAGCGGGAGACCGUCCCGAAGGGCGAAAAGGCCAAUCAGCUCGUUUUGUUCGACGACAAGCCAUUGUACUGGCAAGCUUGGGACGUCGAAGUGUUCCACCUCGAAUCAAGGAAGGAGUUGAAACCCAGCAGCCGUAGUGAGAUCACCGCAAGGUCUCCCUUCCACGUCGCUGUCACAACUCUCACCAAGAUCUCGGACAAGUCCUGGAUCAAGGUGACUGUAUCUCUUUCCACGGUGAGCGAGGCGCAGACCUCUUACGUUCAAACCGAAGCGGAAGUCGAAUGGCACGAGACGAUGAAGUUCCUCAAGGUCGAGUUUCCCACCACGAUCAAGAACACCGAGGCCUCCUACGAGACACAAUUCGGCAUCGUGCGCCGUCCGACUCACUACAAUACCACCUGGGACAUGGCCAAGUUCGAAGUGUGCUGCCACAAGUGGGCUGAUUUGUCGGAGCAUGGAUAUGGUGUCAGUGUUCUCAACGACUGCAAAUACGGCUUCGCCACCGUGGGCAACCUCAUGCGUCUUUCUCUCCUUCGAGCACCAAAAGCUCCAGACGCGCAUGCCGACAUGGGUCGCCACAAGAUGAGAUGGGCUGUCUUGCCGCAUACAGGUGCGCUGAGUGAGACGACCGUCAGGGCUGGAUUCGAGUUCAACAACCCGAUGGCGGUUCAUCAACACCCGGCACCGGAAACUCUCAAGAGCUUGCUGAGUGCUUUCAAGCUUACACCGGAAAGCUCACCGAGUCUGAUUGUAGACACCGUCAAACGUGGCGAGGACGACGAGGACGCUAGUAAUGGCGACAUGCCUGCGAAGAAGGGUAGGCACGUGGUUUUGAGAGUGUACGAUAGCUUGGGUGGUACGAGCCGCGGUACGAUCAGUCUUGGACCGGUAGAGGUCAAGAAGGCUUGGAGGUGCAACUUGCUGGAAGAUGAGCUCGAGGAGAUGAAGAUUGGUAAAGAUGGGUUGGAGAUUGAGUUGAGAGCUUUCGAGGUGGCGAGCUUUAAGCUGCUGCUUGCUUGA